AUGGCUGCCGCCAACGCUCCGAUCACUAUGAAAGAAGUUCUCACGUUGCCCAGCAUAGGGAUCAAUUCGCAAUUCAUUACUUUCACUAACGUGACUAUGGAAUCUGAUAAGUAUAUAUGUGUACGUGAGACAUCGCCUCAGAAUAGUGUGGUGAUUAUUGAUAUGAACAUGCCAUCACAGCCAUUGAGGCGACCUAUUACUGCAGAUUCUGCGCUUAUGAAUCCCAAUACCAGAAUUUUGGCUCUGAAAGCUCAACUUCCUGGAACAACUCAAGAUCACUUGCAAAUAUUCAACAUUGAGGCAAAAGCAAAAAUGAAGUCUCAUCAGAUGCCUGAGCAAGUUGUUUUUUGGAAGUGGAUUACUCCAAAGAUGUUGGGUUUGGUUACACAAUCAUCUGUAUAUCACUGGUCAAUUGAAGGUGAUUCUGAACCUGUGAAGAUGUUCGAUAGAACAGCCAAUUUGGCAAGCAAUCAAAUCAUCAAUUACAAAUGUGACCCUUCCGAGAAGUGGCUGGUUUUGAUUGGGAUCGCUCCUGGUUCUCCUGAAAGGCCUCAAUUAGUGAAAGGAAAUAUGCAACUGUUUUCUGUGGAUCAGCAACGAAGUCAAGCUCUUGAAGCGCAUGCUGCAUCAUUUGCUUCUUUUAGAGUUCCAGGAAAUGAUAAGGAUUCCAUUCUUAUAUCUUUUGCAAGCAAAAGCUCUAAUGCUGGACAGAUUACAUCGAAGUUGCACAUCAUUGAGCUUGGAGCCCAGACAGGGAAACCAUCUUUUACAAAGAAACAAGCAGAUUUAUUCUUUCCUCCAGAUUUUGCUGAUGAUUUUCCUGUGGCCAUGCAGAUUUCGCACAAGUAUAGUAUGAUAUAUGUAAUUACAAAACUGGGGCUUCUCUUCGUAUAUGAUUUGGAAACUGCCACAGCAGUCUACCGAAAUAGGAUAAGUCCAGAUCCAAUUUUUCUGACAUCAGAAGCUUCCUCAGUAGGAGGUUUCUAUGCAAUUAAUAGACGAGGGCAGGUUUUACUUGCUACAGUAAAUGAAACAACACUCGUGCCCUUUGUCAGUGGCCAAUUAAACAAUCUGGAGCUUGCUGUAAAUCUUGCCAAAAGAGGAAAUUUGCCUGGUGCAGAGAAUUUGGUUGUACAACGCUUCCAAGAAUUGUUUGCUCAAACAAAGUAUAAGGAGGCUGCUGAGCUUGCCGCAGAAUCUCCACAAGGCAUCCUUCGGACACCGGAUACGGUAGCCAAAUUUCAGAGUGUUCCUGUUCAAUCUGGACAAACCCCACCGUUGCUGCAGUACUUUGGAACACUACUGACAAGAGGAAAGCUCAAUGCUUUUGAGUCUUUGGAGUUAUCUCGUCUUGUUGUGAACCAGAACAAAAAGAAUCUUUUGGAAAACUGGUUGGCUGAGGAUAAGUUGGAAUGUAGUGAAGAACUUGGGGACCUUGUGAAGACUGUGGACAAUGACCUUGCGCUGAAAAUAUAUAUCAAAGCAAGAGCUACUCCGAAAGUUGUUGCAGCCUUUGCUGAGCGUAGGGAGUUUGAUAAAAUCUUGAUAUACUCCAAGCAGGUUGGGUAUACACCUGAUUAUCUGUUCCUUCUGCAAACUAUCCUCCGGUCAGAUCCUCAGGGAGCUGUCAAUUUUGCUCUCAUGAUGUCCCAAAUGGAGGGAGGUUGUCCUGUUGAUUAUAAUACCAUUACUGAUCUCUUUCUUCAGAGGAACUUGAUCCGUGAAGCAACAGCAUUUUUGUUGGAUGUUCUGAAACCCAAUUUGCCAGAGCAUGCAUUCCUCCAAACUAAGGUCCUGGAAAUCAAUCUUGUGACCUUUCCCAAUGUGGCUGAUGCUAUUUUAGCAAAUGGAAUGUUCAGCCAUUAUGAUCGGCCACGAAUUGCCCAGCUUUGUGAAAAAGCUGGUCUUUACAUGCGAGCUCUUCAGCACUACUCUGAACUGUCAGAUAUCAAGCGUAUCAUUGUUAAUACCCAUGCAAUUGAGCCACAGGCUCUUGUGGAAUUCUUUGGGACACUUUCACGGGAAUGGGCUUUAGAGUGCAUGAAGGAUCUUUUACUGGUCAACUUAAGAGGCAACCUUCAGAUAAUUGUCCAGGUUGCAAAAGAAUAUUGUGAACAGUUGGGUGUUGACGCAUGUAUAAAGAUCUUUGAGCAGUUCAAGUCAUAUGAGGGGUUAUAUUUCUUUUUGGGAUCAUAUUUGAGUUCCAGUGAGGACCCUGACAUCCACUUCAAGUACAUUGAAGCAGCUGCCAAGACUGGACAAAUUAAGGAGGUAGAACGUGUGACCAGAGAAUCAAAUUUCUAUGACGCUGAAAAGGCAAAAAACUUUUUAAUGGAAGCCAAACUUCCGGAUGCACGACCACUGAUAAAUGUAUGCGAUCGCUUUGGCUUUGUUCCAGACCUCACGCACUACUUGUAUUCAAGCAAUAUGCUCCGUUAUAUUGAAGGUUAUGUGCAAAAGGUCAAUCCUGGAAAUGCUCCUCUAGUUGUUGGGCAACUCUUAGAUGAUGAGUGUCCUGAAGAUUUCAUUAAAGGCCUGAUUUUAUCUGUCCGUUCUCUACUUCCAGUCGAGCCUUUAGUAGAGGAGUGUGAGAAAAGGAACCGGCUUCGCCUGCUAACUCAAUUUUUGGAGCAUCUUGUGAGUGAGGGAAGUCAAGAUGUGCAUGUCCACAAUGCUUUGGGUAAAAUCAUAAUAGAUAGCAACAACAACCCAGAGCACUUCCUCACCACCAAUCCGUAUUAUGAUUCACGUGUUGUGGGUAAAUACUGUGAGAAACGUGAUCCUACCCUUGCUGUUGUCGCCUACCGGCGAGGUCAAUGUGAUGACGAACUUAUUAAUGUUACAAAUAAGAAUUCUUUAUUCAAACUGCAAGCCAGGUAUGUAGUUGAAAGGAUGGAUGGUGAUAUGUGGGCAAAAGUUCUUGACCCUGAAAAUGAAUUCAGAAGACAGCUCAUUGAUCAAGUUGUAUCUACUGCUUUGCCUGAAAGCAAGAGCCCGGAACAAGUAUCUGCAGCUGUUAAAGCCUUCAUGACUGCUGACCUUCCUCAUGAACUAAUUGAGUUGCUCGAAAAGAUUGUGCUCCAAAACUCUGCAUUCAGCGGAAACUUUAACCUGCAAAACUUACUUAUCUUGACAGCCAUUAAGGCGGAUCCUUCCAGAGUUAUGGAUUAUAUAAAUAGACUUGAUAACUUUGAUGGCCCGGCUGUUGGGGAAGUGGCAGUGGAAGCUCAAUUGUAUGAAGAGGCUUUUGCUAUUUUUAAGAAGUUCAAUUUGAAUGUCCAGGCUGUUAAUGUGUUACUGGAUAAUAUUCGAGAUAUUAACCGGGCUGUUGAGUUUGCAUUCCGUGUUGAAGAAGAUGCAGUUUGGAGUCAAGUGGCUAAAGCUCAACUCAGAGAAGGAUUAGUGAGCGAUGCGAUUGAAUCAUUUAUUCGUGCUGAUGAUGCCACCCAAUUCUUGGAAGUUAUCCGUGUUGCGGAGGAAGCAAAUGUUUAUCACGACUUGGUGAAGUAUCUUCUGAUGGUUAGGCAGAAAUCGAAGGAGCCCAAGGUGGACAGUGAGCUCAUUUAUGCAUAUGCUAAGAUUGAUAGGCUGGGUGAGAUUGAGGAGUUUAUUCUCAUGCCAAAUGUUGCCAAUCUCCCUAAUGUUGGUGAUCGCUUGUAUGAUGAAGCUCUAUAUGAGGCAGCUAAGAUUAUUUUUGCUUUUAUCUCUAACUGGGCCAAAUUGGCAUGCACACUUGUCAAGUUGAAGCAAUUUCAAGGGGCUGUUGAUGCAGCACGUAAAGCUAAUAGCUCAAAGACAUGGAAAGAAGUCUGUUUUGCUUGUGUUGAUGCUGAAGAGUUCCGCUUGGCUCAGAUAUGUGGGCUCAAUAUCAUUGUACAGGUUGAUGAUCUGGAAGAAGUCAGUGAAUACUACCAGAACAGAGGAUGCUUUAAUGAGCUUAUAUCUCUUAUGGAGAGUGGUUUAGGAUUGGAACGAGCACAUAUGGGCAUCUUUACAGAGCUUGGUGUCUUGUAUGCUAGGUACCGUUAUGAGAAGCUUAUGGAGCACAUCAAAUUAUUCUCUACCCGUCUAAACAUUCCCAAGCUGAUCCGAGCAUGUGACGAACAGCAGCACUGGAAGGAACUAACUUAUUUGUAUAUUCAGUAUGAUGAGUUUGAUAACGCUGCCACCACUGUUAUGAAUCAUUCUCCAGAAGCUUGGGAUCACAUGCAAUUCAAAGAUAUUAUUGUCAAAGUUGCUAAUGUAGAGCUAUAUUACAAGGCAGUACAUUUCUAUUUGCAAGAGCACCCUGAUCUCAUUAAUGAUGUUCUGAAUGUUCUUGCCCUCCGUGUUGACCACGCUCGUGUGGUGGACAUAAUGAGAAAGGCUGGCCACCUGCGUCUUGUUAAGCCAUACAUGGUUGCGGUUCAGAACAACAAUGUGUCUGCUGUGAAUGAAGCUCUUAAUGAGAUCUAUGUGGAGGAGGAAGAUUAUGACAGAUUGCGUGAAUCAAUUGACUUCCAUGAUAACUUUGAUCAGAUUGGCCUUGCACAAAAGAUUGAGAAACAUGAGCUUCUUGAAAUGAGGCGUGUUGCUGCUUACAUUUAUAAAAAGGCUGGUAGGUGGAAGCAAUCCAUUGCAUUGUCAAAGAAAGAUAACCUUUACAAAGAUGCAAUGGAGACUGCUUCACAAUCUGGCGAUCGUGAACUUGCGGAAGAGUUGCUUGUUUACUUCAUUGAUCAGGGAAAGAAAGAAUGCUUUGCAUCAUGCCUCUUUGUUUGUUACGAUUUAAUUCGUGCUGACGUUGCUCUGGAACUAGCAUGGAUGAAUAAUAUGAUCGACUUUGCCUUCCCAUAUCUGUUCCAGUUUAUCCGCGAAUACACAGGGAAAGUCGAUGAAUUAAUCAAGGACAAAAUUGAUUCUCUUAAUGAAGAAAAGGCUAAAGAGAAUGAGGAGAAGGAUAUUAUUAAACAGCAGAAUAUGUAUGCCCAGUUGCUGCCUCUUGCUUUGCCUGCACCGCCUAUGCCGGGUAUGGGAGGUGGGUUUGCUGCACCACCCCCACCCAUGGGUGGAAUGGGCAUGCCUCCAAUGCCACCAUUUGGCAUGCCACCAAUGGGAUCCUACUGA